GCCCCGCUGAGGUGGCGGCGGGAAGAUGGAGGUGGCGGCGCUCGGCGGGUUGGUGUUGCCGGGUGCCCUCGCCCUCCUCCUCAUUCUCCUCCUCCUGCUGCUGGCGGCCGCCCGGCGCCGGUCCGCCCCGUCUGACGGCCCCAAGGCGAACGGUGCUGUCGCCGCCGCCGCCAGGCCGGAAGAGCACAGGAAGGCGAAGGUGCCGGCGCGGGCCCGGAGGGACAAGCCGCAGCAGCACAGCUUCGCCCACCGGCUGCUGGUCGCCGCCCUCAAGGGGCACAGCGGAUCAGUCUCCUGCCUGGACUUCAGCAGCAACGGCAAGUACCUGGCGUCGUGUGCCGAUGACCGCACGGUCCGGCUGUGGAGCACCCGAGACUUCACGGCGCGGGAGCACCGCUGUCUGCGUGUCAACGUGCGGCUGGACCAUGCAGAGCUUGUCUGCCUCAGCCCCGACUCACGGGCAUUCAUUGUUUGGCUGGCAAAUGGAGAGACUAUUCGUGUAUAUAAAAUGACUAAGAAGGAUGAUGACAGCUUCACCUUCACUGCAACUUCUGGGGACUUCCCAAAGAAGCACAAGGCUCCUGUCAUUAACAUAGGAAUUGCAGAGACAGGAAAGUUUAUCAUGACAGCUUCCAGUGACACUACUAUCCUGAUAUGGAGCCCGAAGGGUGAAGUCCUGGCCAGCAUUAACACUAACCAGAUGAACAAUGCCUACGCCGCGGUGUCACCCUGCGGGAGGUUUGUGGCAUCCUGUGGCUUUACCCCCGACGUGAAGGUGUGGGAGGUGUGUUUUGGCAAGAACGGAGACUUCCGGGAGGUGGCCAGGGCUUUUGAGUUGAAAGGCCACACGGCUAGUGUACACGGCUUCUCCUUCUCUAACGACUCGCGGAGGAUGACCACUAUCUCAAAGGAUGGGACAUGGAAGUUCUGGGACACAGACGUGGAAUAUAAGAAGCAACAGGAUCCCUACCUGCUCCUGACGGGGAAGUGUGAGGUGACGGGGCCAUGUCGCAUUGCCCUGUCCCCUGAUGCUCGCAUCGUCGCCAUCUCCAGCGGCGCAGACAUCCUGGUGUACAACACGAGGCGCGGCGAGGAGGAGGAGCGCUUCCUGGCCGUGCAUGGGCAGCCCAUCGCAGACUUGGCCUUUGACACCAACAGCCACUACCUGGUGUCCUGCGGGGACCGGGCCAUCCGCAUCUUCCACAACGCUGCUGGUCACCGGGCUGUGGUGGAGGAGAUGGAGGCCAUGCUGAAAAAAACCAGGAACAAAGCCACCCAGGAGCGGCUGGAGCAGCAGAUCUCCAGCGCCCGCAAAGCGCUGGCUGCCAUUUACGGCAAGAAGCGCUAGUCCUGCCCUGUGGGCGCAGGCACCCGCUUUUGGGGAUUGGUUGUUUUUUAAUAACACUGAACAACUUGUAAUAAAACCCGUGCCGGGUC